AGGGCGAGCGCGGCGGCCAGCGCUCAGCGCCCCUCGGCCUCCGGGGAGCUCCGGGACCCCGCAGACCCGCGAGAUGGCGCCAAGAAAGAACGGGCAGGGCUGGCGCCUGCUGUGGCUGCUGCCGCUCUCCGCGCUGCUCUCCGCUGUCACCCAGACCCGCGCGGCGACAGAGUCAGCCUCCCAGGGCCAUCUGGACCUCACGGAGCUCAUCGGCGUCCCCCUGCCCUCAUCAGUGUCUUUUGUCACGGGCUACGGUGGCUUCCCAGCCUACAGCUUUGGGCCCGGGGCCAACGUCGGCCGCCCGGCCAGGACCCUGCUGCCCCCUACCUUCUUCCGGGACUUUGCCAUCAGCGUCACGGUGAAGCCCAGCGGCAGCCGCGGCGGGGUGCUCUUUGCCAUCACCGAUGCCUUCCAGAAGGUCAUCUACCUGGGUCUGCGGCUCUCGGGCGUGGAGGACGGCCACCAGCGGGUCAUCCUCUACUAUACGGAGCCCGGCUCGCAUGUGUCCCAUGAGGCCGCCGCCUUCGAGGUGCCCGUGAUGACCGACAAGUGGAACCACUUCGCGGUGACCGUGCAGGGCGAGGAGGUGAUGCUGCUCCUGGACUGUGAAGAUCACGGCCACACCCUUUUCCAGAGGUCCUCCCGGCCUCUGGCUUUCGAGCCCAGCGCAGGGAUCUUCGUGGGCAGCGCCGGGGCCACGGGGCUGGAGAGAUUCAUCGGCUCCAUCCAGCGGCUCACCCUCCACCCAGACCCCAGGACUCCCGAGGAGCUGUGUGAAGCUGAGGAGGCAUCGGCGUCGGGAGAGACCAGUGGGCUUCAAGAGGCAGACGGGGUCGCGGAGAUCUUAGAAGCCGUCACCUACACCCAAGUGCCGCCACAGGAAGCCAAAGUUGAACCCCUCAACUCGCCUUCCGUCCCAACCUCUGCGUCUGAGGACCCGGAGCUCUCUGGUGAGCCUGUGCCUGAGGGGACUCCAGCCGCCAUCGCCCUGAGCGCCGUCCAGCACGGGAGCCCCGAGCCAGGGUCUGGCGAGAUGCUAAAUGACACACUGGAGGGGCUUCACGCAGUGGAUGGCGACCCCAUGACUGUUGGCGCUGGCUCCGGCGAUGGGUCCUUCCUUGAUGUCACUGAAGGAAAGGGCUUAGUGGCAGCAACUGCAGGGGAGGCCGAGGGGCCCGGCAGCACCUCUGGGGAAGCAGAGGCCACUGAGGGAUCAACCCUGGCCAUGUCCAGCCAGGACCCUAAGGAAGGGGUCACCCCAGGUCUGGAUCAGGAAGAAGGUUCAGCAGCCACAGCAGCGGUGGAGGCCGAGGCCAGCGGGGCGCCCACUGAGGGUUCCCCGCUCUCCAUAUCCACCCAGUCCCUCGGGGAAGAGGCUACUCUGGGUCCACAAGGUGCAAAAAGUUUAGCAACAGCCGCAGCUGCAACCCAAGUGCCCCUCGACACUUUCGAGGAAGAGGAAGCCAGCGGGUCCCCCACCGAUGGCCUGGGACCCCUUGUCCUCAGCCCAAGCCCUGGGCAAGCAGUCACUUCUGCACCGGGCGAUGAUGGAGAGGACUUGGCGGCAGCCACCACCUGGGAGCCCCCUACCUCGGCUGAGGAAGAGGAGCCUGCCAGCCCCCCUGCGGCUCCACUGCCGCUUCCCACUCCCACGGCGGCUCCUGAGCGAGGGGUCACUCUGGCUCACGUACAUGUGGAAAUGGAAGGACAGGCCGCACCCAGAGGAGAAGAGGAUGAGGCUGAGGAGGGCCUUCCCGGGUCCCCUGGAACUUCUGCACCUGCUGGACCCAUGGUGGGAGCAGAGGCUGAGGGCUCCGGCCUGGGCUGGGGCUCCGACGCUGGCUCCGGCUCCGGGGACCUGGUGGGCAGUGAGGAGCUGUUGAGGGGUCCCCCAGGGCCUCCAGGCCCACCUGGUUUACCUGGGAUUCCAGGAGAACCGGGGGCUGAUGUUUUCAUGGGACCCCCUGGAUCUCCUGGUGAAGAUGGAGUUGCUGGUGAACCUGGGGCCCCGGGCCCCGAGGGACAGCCUGGACUUGACGGAGCCACCGGCCUUCCCGGGAUGAAAGGGGAGAAGGGAGCAAGAGGACCUGUUGGCUCAGCUGGCGAGAAGGGUGACCCUGGCAACAGAGGCUUACCCGGACCCCCUGGGAAAAACGGACAAGUCGGCACUCCUGGGGUCAUGGGACCCCCAGGGCCUCCUGGACCCCCCGGACCCCCAGGCCCUGGCUGUACCAUGGGACCCGGAUUCGAGGAUACCGAAGGCUCCGGAAGCAUCAGGCUGCUGAGUGAACCCCGACUCUUCGGCCCCACGGCUUCCAGUGGUCCCAAAGGAGAAAAGGGAGACCAGGGACCCAAGGGUGACAGGGGCAAGGAUGGAACCAGCACCGUGGGGCCCCCUGGGCCUAGGGGGCCCCCUGGGCGCGUCGAGGUCCUGUCUGCUUCCUUGAUCAACAUCACCCACGGAGCCGUGAAUUUCUCGGACAUUCCUGAGCUCAUGGGGCCUCCGGGGCCUGACGGGCUGCCUGGGCUGCCGGGAUUUCCAGGCCCUCGAGGACCAAAAGGCGACACUGGCGUGCCUGGAUUUCCAGGACUCAAAGGAGAUCAGGGUGAGAAGGGAGAGCCGGGUACCAUCCUGACCGGGGACGUGGAUCUGGAAAAGCUACGUGGAGAGAAGGGGGAGCCUGGAGUGCACGGGGCCCCAGGACCCAUGGGUCCCAAAGGACCCCCAGGACACAAAGGAGAGUUUGGCCUCCCCGGACGACCUGGUCGCCCAGGACUGAAUGGCCUCAAGGGCGCCAAAGGAGAUCGAGGGCUCAUGAUGCCGGGCCCACCUGGCUUACCUGGCCCUCCGGGUCCCCCGGGGCCACCUGGAGCUGUGGUUAACAUCAAAGGAGCUGUUUUCCCGAUACCUGUCCGGCCACACUGCAAAACGCCGGUUGGCACCACUCAUUCUGGCGACCCAGAACUCAUCACCUUCCACGGUGUUAAAGGAGAGAAAGGAUCCUGGGGUCUUCCUGGAUCAAAGGGAGAAAAAGGUGACCAAGGAGCCCAGGGACCACCAGGCCCUCCCGUUGAUCCCGCUUACCUGAGACAUAUCCUGAGCAGCUUGAAGGGGGAGAAUGGAGACAGGGGGUUCAAAGGAGAAAAAGGCGACGCAAAUGACAACUUCUUUGUAUCUGGGCCUCCGGGCCUGCCGGGAAGUCCGGGUCUGGUUGGCCAAAAAGGGGAGACUGUUGUCGGCCCCCAAGGACCCCCGGGUAUUCCUGGCCUGCCUGGGCCCCCUGGAUUUGGAAGACCUGGUGCUCCCGGACCCCCAGGGCCCCCAGGGCCACCAGGACCACCAGCUAUCCUAGGAGCAGCCGUGGCCCUGCCUGGUCCACCUGGCCCUCCAGGGCAGCCAGGGCUUCCAGGAACCAGAAACUUGGUCACAGCGCUCAGCAACAUGGACGACAUGCUGCAGCACGCACACUUGGUGAUAGAGGGGACGUUCAUCUACCUGAAGGACAGCGCUGAGUUUUUCAUUCGCGUCCGAGAUGGCUGGAAAAAACUACAGCUGGGGGAGCUGAUCCCCAUCCCAGCCGACAGCCUUCCACCCCCUGCGCUCUCCAGCAACCCACUCCAGCCUCAGCCUCAGCCUCCACUGAACCCUGUCCUGAGUGCCAAUUAUGAGAGACCUGCCCUGCACCUGGUGGCCCUGAACACACCAUUUUCAGGGGACAUUCGAGCUGAUUUUCAGUGCUUCCAGCAGGCCAGGGCUGCAGGCCUGUUGUCAACCUACCGAGCGUUCUUAUCCACCCACCUGCAAGAUCUCUCCUCCAUUGUGAGGAAGGCAGAGCGAUACAGCCUUCCUAUAGUGAACCUCAAGGGCCAAGUACUUUUUAAUAACUGGGACUCAAUUUUUUCUGGCCAUGGAGGUCAGUUCAACGCACGUGUUCCGAUUUACUCCUUCGACGGUCGAGACAUCAUGGCAGAUCCUUCUUGGCCCCAGAAGGUCAUCUGGCAUGGCUCCAGCACCCAUGGCGUCCGUCUUGUGGACAAGUACUGUGAAGCAUGGCGAACCUCGGACGUGGCCGUCACGGGAUUGGCCUCCCCGCUGAGCACAGGGAAGAUCCUGGACCAGAAAGCAUACAGCUGUGCCAACCGGCUGAUUGUUCUGUGUAUCGAAAACAGUUUCAUGACAGAUGCUAGGAAGUAAUGACCUUCCGAUGCUUCUGAGAGUUUUCCAAUGUUUCUGAUGUGAAGAAGAGUUGACACUGAAAUCUGAAAUGUCUAAAUGUUGUAAAUAUUACAUGUUUUAUUACACAGUCAUUACAACAGCAACCAAAGAAAACAUACCUCAAUACACUCAAUACUGAAGACACAAAGGACUCAGAUCAAUAACAAAAUCUGAUCCAUAUAUCGGUGCUAGAUCCCGCAGGAAACCCACGCGGUGUGAACACAUCCCAACACGGUGAAGGGCGAGUUGAAAACAAAAAGCCGUGGCAUUUGGCCCACUGCGUUUUUCAGAAAGUGAUGUCCUUCUUUUAGCCAUUGUUGUUGAGUGUAAGAUGUCUUUCAUGUUUUCUUACCAAGCCAGUGUUGGAAAUGUUACCCCAUUCUAAGUUAUGUGCAAACCCAAUGCUUCCUUCUUCCACGUGCUUCUAUCAUUUACAACUGCUGUUCAUACAAGGAAACAGAUCUGCUCGAAUGAUCCUGUUUGUGUUUCCUACUAUUACCAGACUUUAAUAUUUUUCCCUAAAAUAGUAUUGCCAUCAUGCUCCAGGAGUCGUCUAUUUGUACACAAUCAUAUUUUGCUAUGGCAUCUGUUUAUAUGACUCUGACUUACUGGAAAAGUUGAAACUCCAAAUUAUCUGAAACUAGAAGAGAAAUAGUACCUAAUCACCACCUUGUCCUCGGCGGCUCUCCCCCCCACCCACCCCCCACCCCCCCAAUUCUAUGACUUGCAUUUGGUAAUUCUUGAAUUACAGCUGCCACUGAAACUGACUGGCUCAGAGGGUGGAUUUUCUGAGCGCUAUCUUCAUGCUGUAUACUUUGAUUUUUUUUUUCCCUCCAUGUAAGUGAACAUAAAAAACAUCU